UACCAACACCUCUACCACCUGGCACUGCCCUUACGUGAGCACGAGCACCCACGGGGACCUAAAAGCAGCAAGAAGGGCAUGGCAGCAAUGGGGAAGCGUGCGCGCGAGGAAGCGUGCGCAGCGGGCGAAGCAGCAAUGAGGGCGCUGCAGGAAGUGAGGAGCGAGCUGACAGCGCUGCUGCUGGAGGUCAGAUUCGUGCGGGAGGAGGCGGAAGAGCAGAGGAGGGACAUGCAGCGGGUGACGGGCGAGGUGGAGGAGAUGAAGAGAGAGCUGGCGGCGGUGAAGGGAGUGAUUGGCAGCGAAGAGGACGAGAGCCGCGAGAUGUGGCACAAGAUCCUGGCAGCAUCGCAGGAGGCGGAGCUAGAGCUGUGCGGGGAGGCAUCGCUGACAGACGCAGUGCUGGCACACGUGGCCGGCAUGACCCGCCUCUCCACCCUCGACCUCUCCAACUCCUCCGGCUUCACCACACAUGGCCUUCAGCAGCUCUACACCCUCCCAAGCCUCUCCUGCCUCGUUCUCUACAGCACACCAGUGGGCGGCGGGGGCGAUGGGGCAGUAUCUCUGGAAGGCAUCGGUGCAGCGAGCGGUCUCGACUCGCUCGUAUUGGAGAACACAAGUGUGGGCGACGGCGAUUUGGAGCCCCUGACUGCGCUCACCUCACUCUCAGACCUCUCCCUGGGGUGCUGUUACAACCUCACCCCAGCUCUCAUGCUGCACGUGGCCCGGUUGACUGGACUAGAAGAUCUAUCCCUGGGCGGCUGUGGCAUGGGAAAUGAAGUGCUGCCGCUGCUGACGUGCCUGCGCCACCUCAGCUCGCUCACCGCGCCGCAUGGGGUCACUGAUGCCGGCCUGCAGCACUUGCUCGCGCUGCCAUCCCUGCAGAGGCUGUCGCUGUGUGACUGCCUUGGCGUCACCUCUGCUGGCAUGCUGCAUGUGGGACGCCUCACCAGCCUGCGGGCCCUCUCUCUCCCCAACACCCGCGUGACAAACGAAGGCUUGCAGCACCUCACCUCGCUCACCGACCUUAUAUCACUCGUACUGCCGCCUGGGCACCUCACGGCGCUAACGCGGUUGGAGUCUCUUGACCUGCGUGAUGGCAGCACCAUUGACCGUGACGAGCUGCUCACACGCUUGGGCUGGCAGGGGAACAAGAGGGGAGGCUAG